AUGGGAAGGGCGGGGGAAAGAGCAGAAUUACGGGAUGAGGUUGCGCCCUGGCCCCUGCGCACCCAACUGGCCCGGCCCGGGGCGGAGUCUCUUCCUGCCGGGCGGGAGCCGUGCAAUCCCCUGGAGGCCCCAAGGGACCAGGCCAGCUGUGUGGAUGCCGUCUAUGCGGGCUAUGGCGAGCGCGGCCCGGGGGUCUGGCCCUUGGUCCCCGCUCCUUCUCCAGCUCGCGGCGCUGCUCGGGACGCUCGGGCCACAGGUGAGAAGCGGGCGGACGCGGAGCCUCCAAGGUCGGGUCCGGGGGCGCAGACGGCUGGGGCGCGGCGGGACCACAGGGGGCGCCUCUCCCUCCCCCGGGUCCGGGUCGCCCCAAGUCGGCUCCUGGCCAGAGAAAACUUCCUAGCUUUGGGGAGUUGCCGGUUGCCCCACGAGCUGGAGAGACUUGCCCGCGUGGAAGAGCGCAGCCUGAGGGUCCUGGAGCAGGAUGUGGUCUUUGCAGGGGUGUGGCUAGGCCACCCGGAUGUUAGGGUUCCUGCUAGGAGCUCAGCUCCACCCUAUUUGCUCAAGGAAGGGCCAGAGCAGGUUCAGACCUUCACGCCAGAGAACCUCCUGUUUGUGUCCACCCUGGAUGGAAGUCUCCAUGCACUGAUCAAGCAGACAGGGGACUUGAAGUGGACGCUGAAAGACGAUCCCAUCAUCCAGGGGCCAAUGUACGUCACAGAGACAGCCUUUCUCUCAGACCCAGCUGAUGGCAGCCUGUACAUCUUGGGGACGCAGAAACAACAGGGAUUAAUGAGACUGCCGUUCACCAUCCCCGAGCUGGUUCAUGCCUCCCCCUGUCGCAGCUCUGAUGGCGUCUUCUAUACAGGCCGGAAGCAGGAUGCCUGGUUUGUGGUAGACCCUGAAUCAGGGAAGACGCAGAUGACCCUGACCACAGAGCGACCCUCUACCCCCCGCCUCUACAUCGGCCGGACGCAGUACACGGUCACCAUGCAUGACCCCAGGGCCCCAGCCCUGCGCUGGAACACCACCUACCGCCGCUACUCAGCAGCCCCCGUGGAUGGCUCACCUGGGAAAUACAUGAGCUACCUGGCAUCCUGUGGGAUGGGCCUGCUGCUAACAGUGGACCCAGGAAGCGGGGCGGUGCUGUGGACCCAGGACUUAGGCGUACCGGUGGUGGGCGUCUACACAUGGCACCAGGACAGCCUGCGCCAGCUGCCCCAUCUCACACUGGCUCGGGACACCCUGCACUUCCUUGCCCUCCGCCGGGGCCACAUCCAGCUGCCCGCCUCAGGCCCCCAGGACACCGCCACUCACUUCUCUGCCUUAGACACCCAGCUGCUGAUGACGCUGUAUGUGGGGAAGGAUGAAGCUGGCUUCUAUGUGUCUAAAUCACUGGUUCACACAGGGGUGGCCCUAGUGCCUCGUGGACUGACCCUGGCCCCCACGGAUGGCCCCACCACAGAUGAGGUGACACUCCAAGUCUCAGGAGAGCGAGAAGGCUCACCUAGCACUGCUGUCAGAUACCCCUCAGGCAGUAUGGCCCUCCCUAGCCAGUGGCUUCUCAUUGGACACCAUGAGCCACCCCCAGUCCUGCACACCACCAUGCUGAGAUUCCAUCCCACCCCAGGGAGUGGGACUUCUGGGACCAGACCCUCAAGGGGCACCCAGGCCCCAGCUCUCUUCUUGGAGCUCCUGAGCCUGAGCCGGGAGGAACCUUCGAACCUGGAGCUGCAUCCUGAAGAGAAAACCCCAGACCUGUAUCCAGGACUGGGACCCCAACACCUGCUGGUAGCCAGCCUCACUGCUCUCCUCCUGGGAGGAUGGAUUCUCUUCCUGAUGAGGCAGCAGCAAUGGCAGCUGGCAGAGAAGCAGUGGCAGCAGGCUCCCCUGGCACCUGCAGGCCCUUCUCACAUCUCACAGGAUGCUCAGUCCCAGUCCUCCGGGGCCACCCCAUGGAGCCGGAAGAGGUUUCAAAACCCCCCAGAGCAAGACCAGCCACUCGAAGACCCUGAAGCCGAGCAGCUCACCGUGGUGGGGAAGAUUUCCUUCAAUCCCAAGGACGUGCUGGGCCGCGGGGCAGGCGGGACUUUCGUUUUCCGGGGGCAGUUCGAGGGGCGGGCGGUGGCCGUCAAGCGGCUCCUCCGUGAGUGCUUCGGCCUGGUCCGGCGGGAGGUGCAGCUGCUGCAGGAGUCGGACAGGCACCCCAACGUGCUCCGCUACUUCUGCACCGAGCGAGGACCGCAGUUCCACUACAUCGCCCUGGAGCUCUGCCGGGCCUCGCUGCGGGAGUACGUGGAACACCUGGAGCCGGAUGGCUGGGGCCUGGAGCCCGGGAUGGCGCUGCAGCAGCUGAUGGCGGGCCUGGCCCACCUGCAUUCCUUACACAUAGUGCACCGGGACCUGAAGCCCGGCAACGUCCUCAUUGCGGGGCCCGACAGCCAGGGCCGAGGCAGAGUGGUCCUCUCAGACUUUGGCCUCUGCAAGAAGCUGCCCGCUGGCCGCUGCAGCUUCAGCCUCCGUUCGGGCGUCCCCGGUACAGAAGGCUGGAUGGCGCCCGAGCUCCUGCAGCUCCUGCCCCCAGACAGCCCCACCAGCGCAGUGGACAUCUUCUCUGCGGGCUGCGUGUUCUACUACGUGCUUUCCAGUGGCAGCCACCCCUUCGGAGAGAGUCUUUAUCGCCAGGCAAACAUCCUUGCAGGCUCUCCCUGCCUGGCUCACCUGGAGGAAGAGGCCCACGACAAGGUCGUUGCCUGGGACCUGGUGGAGGCCAUGCUGAGCCCCCCGCCACAGGCUCGUCCCUCCGCUCAGCAGGUGCUGGCCCACCCCUUCUUUUGGAGCAGAGCCAAGCAGCUCCAGUUCUUCCAGGACGUCAGCGACUGGCUGGAGAAGGAGCCUGAGCAGGGGCCCCUGGUGACGGCGCUGGAGGCGGGUGGCUCCGAGGUGGUCCGGGGCGACUGGCACAAGCACAUCUCGGUGCCGCUGCAGACAGAUCUGAAGAAGUUCCGGUCGUAUAAGGGGACGUCGGUGCGAGACCUGCUCCGUGCUGUGAGAAACAAGAAGCAUCACUACAGGGAGCUCCCGGACGAGGUGCGGCGGGCACUGGGCCCCGUCCCCGACAGCUUCGUCCAGUACUUCACAAACCGCUUCCCACGGCUGCUCCUCCACACGCACCGUGCCAUGAGGAGCUGCGCCUCCGAGGGCCUCUUCCUGCCCUACUACCUGCCGGCCUCAGGGGCCCAGGGGCUGAGCCCAGGGGCCGCUGGGAGCUGA